GGAGGCCCGGCCGCGACCUGGGCUGUGCGCUGAGGAGCCGCCUGGUUCCCCUCACGCUACCUCUGGCGGCGUCCCCCGCCCGCGGCCCCUCUGCCGCCCGCCCGGGGCUUGCCGGCUGCGGGAGUGGCCUCAAGAUGGAUGAAGACGGCGGCGGCGAGGGCGGUGGCGUUCCUGAAGACCUCUCAUUAGAAGAGAGAGAAGAACUUCUCGACAUUCGCCGAAGAAAAAAGGAACUUAUUGAUGACAUUGAGAGGCUGAAAUAUGAAAUUGCAGAAGUGAUGACAGAGAUCGACAAUCUGACUUCCGUUGAGGAGAGCAAAACGACUCAGAGGAACAAACAGAUAGCCAUGGGAAGAAAGAAAUUCAACAUGGAUCCCAAAAAGGGAAUUCAGUUUCUAAUAGAAAAUGACCUGCUACAGAGUUCCCCAGAAGACGUCGCCCAGUUCCUUUAUAAAGGAGAAGGCCUAAAUAAGACUGUCAUUGGGGACUACCUGGGUGAAAGGGAUGAAUUUAAUAUUAAAGUUCUUCAAGCUUUUGUUGAACUCCAUGAGUUUGCUGAUCUCAACCUUGUCCAAGCCUUAAGGCAGUUCUUAUGGAGCUUCAGGCUGCCCGGGGAGGCCCAGAAGAUUGAUCGUAUGAUGGAGGCUUUCGCUUCUCGCUACUGCCUUUGCAACCCCGGGGUUUUCCAGUCCACAGACACGUGCUACGUGCUGUCAUUCGCCAUCAUCAUGCUCAACACCAGCCUGCACAACCACAACGUGCGUGACAAGCCCACGGCAGAACGGUUCAUCGCCAUGAACCGUGGCAUCAACGAGGGUGGGGACCUCCCUGAGGAGCUGCUAAGGAAUUUGUAUGAGAGCAUUAAGAACGAGCCAUUUAAGAUUCCAGAGGAUGACGGGAAUGACCUGACACACACCUUCUUCAACCCUGACCGCGAGGGCUGGCUCCUGAAGCUGGGAGGGCGCGUGAAGACCUGGAAGCGCCGGUGGUUCAUCCUGACCGAUAACUGCCUCUAUUACUUUGAAUACACAACAGAUAAGGAGCCCAGGGGAAUCAUCCCGUUAGAAAACCUCAGCAUCAGGGAGGUGGAGGACCCCCGGAAACCCAAUUGUUUUGAGCUCUACAAUCCCAGCCACAAAGGGCAGGUCAUCAAGGCCUGUAAGACGGAGGCUGACGGCCGUGUGGUAGAGGGGAACCACGUGGUGUACCGGAUCUCAGCACCCAGCCCAGAGGAGAAGGAGGAGUGGAUGAAAUCCAUCAAAGCCAGUAUCAGCAGGGACCCCUUCUAUGACAUGUUGGCAACAAGGAAACGAAGGAUUGCCAAUAAAAAAUAGCUUUCCUGGUAAAAGACCCAGCCCCAGCAGAAAGACACCGUGGGCCGCCCCUCCGCAGAAGGCGUGGCAGGGAGGCACCCUGCGGUUACUCGCCACUUCUCCAGAGCAUACCGUGGCCCAGACUCAUCUCCGAGGCCUCAUGCUGUAGCUGGGGUCCUGGGAGGUGGUCGCCCUGCGGUGCUUGCUGCUUCUCCAGAGCGUACUGUGGCCCAGACUGAUCCCCCAGGCCUUGUGCCGUGGCUGGGGUCGUGGUCAGCUGUGCGUGUCCAGAAGCAUUUCCUUCCUGCGACCGUCCUGGUGCCCCAGGGGGAGAAGCCAGGACAGCAGCUCCUGCUCUCUCCACAGCAGACACGGGAUGGAUUCCACAGACGGGAGCCUCAUCUGUAUCAUGCCAAACAUGUCCACUUGUGGCGGUGUCAGCUGUUCUAGAACGCCACUGUUUUAUAGCAAAACAGGAAAGGAAAAGCUACCAGUUUUUUAUUCAGAAUUUUUUUCUCAGAUAUAUAGGAUUAUAGCUUUUAUAUGCCUUUUUAUAUGCUGAAAUUAUAACAAAAGAUACUUUCUAACAGUAGUAUUUUUAGAAUGGCAGCUAUAAAGUUAACUCCUGGACACAA